GAUUUUGUUUUAAUAUUUUUUCCCCACCAUGUGUUAAUUUGUCAUUUGUUUUAUGUGAAAGGAGUAACUCAAGUUGUGCUGUGUUAAGGAGGAAGAAGAAAGGUACAAUCCUAACUAGGAGCAAGACCGGCCCAAGAUGUCAACCAAGAAAAUCAAUAGCUCCUAUUAGGAAACGUUACCUGGGCUGAAUGAACUUUUAAUUAACUUCAAACUAUAAACAAGUCCUAGUCGAAACCGAUCAAAACUAGCCAUGGACGUCGAUUGCGCUAAGCUUAUAAAAUACAACCGUGGCCUCGCGUGUGCCGUGGACUGCUUAAGAUCCGAUGCACACUCUUUGAUGAGUGAUGCCCUCAGUGUAAAACCAGGGAGCAAGCCUCCACUUUAUCCUAGGGAGAAGGCGUUUUUACUCGCAAAAAACUGCGCUUGUAAUGGGCCGGCGACGCUUUCCUCCGGGAACUACAUCUGUUUGAAAUGUUGUAACAACCCAUGCUGUUGCUGUCCGAAUAAACUGAUGUAUUGUCCUCCAGUGCCUGACGGAGACUGCAGAGUUAAAACGGAUUUUUUCUACCUGAGACAAAUGCCAAAAGGAUGUACGGACUACACUGGAAAAGAAGAGUUCAUCUACGCUCAUGAUCUCGGAACUGUUGAAAUGUGUAGACCUCGAAAUUCUUACGGUGAAUGGACUAGGACUUGUCGAUAUUAACAAUGAACACAGUACAAUAAAUAAAUUUCUCCUAAAUUGAUUA